GUUUUAUUUUGUGCCGUUUCUUCCAUUCAUUUCCGUGACUGUGUUUUAGAUCUUCGCGACGAUGUUGGCGAGAUGGGGAAGGGCCGCUUCCCAACUCGCUGCCGCUGCUGAAUUGACGCGUAGGGUGGCCGCUCCGCGUGCCGCUUACCUCUCCGAUCGGAGCUACUCCAAGGUCGGUACAGACGCCGCCGCCACCGUGACCGCUCCCUCGACUCCGGCCGUGUCUUCGCCCUCGAAGCUCCCCCUGAACAAACCAGAGGUUAGACUAAAUGUUAUGUUUUGGUCCAAGGCAUGCUCAUUGGCUUUGCCACCCAACUCUCCUCUGAGACUAGAAGAACCUCACUAUGAGGGCAUCAAGCGUCUAAUCCUGAAGUUAUUGUUGUUCUAUAGCAAACAAAGCAAAUCCAUUAGAGGAGCAAAUGUAGUUUAUCGGCGCAUCAUUUCUCAGGUCGACAAGCCUGCUAUUUAUGAUGUAUUUCAGUUGGAGAAAACAUUUAAAACUACAUUUUCGUUGCUUGUACUUCAUAUGUGGCUCUUCUUACGCCGCUUGAAGGAAGAGGGAAAGGAAGGAGUUGACUUUGGGCAAUACUUGUAUGAGAUUUAUAAUCAUGAUUUGGAGUUGAGAGUGUCCAAGGCUGGGGUUAACUUGUUAUUGACAAAAUGGAUGAAGGAUCUAGAGAAGAUAUUCUAUGGCAAUAUUGUUGCAUAUGACACUGCCAUGACCCCAGAAGCUAAACAUGAUGACCUUGCAAAUGUAAUAUGGAGGAAUAUUUUCUCCGAAGAUGGUUCUGGGUUAUCAAAUGAUGCUGCUGCUACUGCUGCUGUCCAGGCCAUGGCUCGAUAUACUCGCAGGGAAUCUACCUGUCUUUUAUUGACAGACAAGGAGGCUAUAUUCUCUGGCAACUUCAUGUUUACCUCAUUGGAGAACAAGCCUAACCCUGGGAAGAUAACAAAUUGAGCCUAAUGUUCCACAGUAAGGCGACAAAUGUAAUCUUCUGGAUUAAAGAAGUUAAUCAUGCAAAUAUGAUGAAUUAAGAAUGUUUAUGGCUCUACACUGUUUUUGUUAAAUGAAAACUCAUUUUUUAGUCUAUGGAUGGAUGCAUCCCAACUCAACAAGGAACAACACAUUUCUGUAUUGUUGAGUUUUCUGCAAAUGGAAUGAUUUGUAAUAGUGGACAGCCCUUUCAACUUGUUGAAAAAACUGAGAUCUACACGCCUUUUUUGUUGUUGUUAAA